GCUUCCUGAGUCAGCUGUGGGAAGGAAACUGUACACCAGAUGGUGGAGGAGCCAAGGGUCAGGGCUAAACCUCCGGCCACACAUCCCCGGGACCAAGAGGGCAGGAGGGGGCUGUGGUCGCCCAGUCCCAUGUCUUCCUUUGAACCGCAGAACUGAAGGUGGGAUCUUGGUCCGGACAGAAGGGACACCAUGAUCACGGAAUUCCUGUUCCUGCUUUGCCUCAGGCUUUGUCUGGGCAAUGAAGAUGAGGAAAAUAAUGGGAACCAAGAGGAAAGCAAACCCAGCCCUGCAAAGACAGACACCAGGAUCAUCUUCGUGGCCACCUUCAGCUGCCUCUCCCUCUUUUUCCUCUUCCUCGCCAUCUUCUUCAUCUACAGGUGCACUCAGCAAGAUUCAUCAGAGGAAGAAUCCAUCAAGAGAACCUGCCAUUCCGAAGUGUACAAGCAGAGGGAUGCAGAUGUACCCACGCUGGAAAGGAUAUCUGAAUCGCCUGACGAGCCCGAGGGGGUGACCUACGCCCAGCUAAACACCACCGCGCUGUCCGGGGCAGCUUCUGUCCCCGCCGAGGAGACCCCAAGUUCUUGUGACUACACAAUGGUGAAGGUGUAGGACUGAGAGAAGAGCUUCGCUCUGGGAGGCAGAGUAUGGAUUAACACGGCCGGGGUGACCUGACUUGGGAGAAUCCAGGUGACUCUGUGUCCUGGGCUCAUUCGUUCAUAAUAAUAGAAUUACGUCUCCCUUCUUGCUUCCCCUCCUCUCAAAAAUUACAGGGUGAGUUUUCACAAGACUUGGAGUGCACCUUUAUUAUGAAAGUGUUAGUCGCUCAGUCGUGUCCGACUCUUUGUGACCCCAUGGACUGUAGCCCUCCAGGAUCCUCUGUCCAUGGGAUUUCCCAGGCAAGAAUACUGGAGUAGGUUGCCAUUGCCUUCUCCAAGGGAUCUUCCGGACCGACCCAGGGAUUGAACCCGGGUCUCCUGCAUUGCACGUGGAUUCUUUACCCUCUGAGCCACCAGGGAGGGUUUGAAUGAAAUCAUAGGCUAAGAAUACGUACUGUAUCUAUAGGCUGGUGGGACUGGGAAUAGUCACUUAGGGAGUUCAGGACGACAUCAUGCAAAUAGAAAAUGUUACUCAGAGAAGACUAGGUGACCCCACAGACACAGGGAUUUCACAAAAGGAGCAGAAAAAAUACAGGCCGUGAAGGGAGACACUCGUGAAUUAACAAACAGCAUCCCUAAGUAGCACACACCUAGGAAAGUAGCUGAAAGUGUUUGGUUCCUGAUUCUUUCAAGCCCUCUAGUCUCAAGACCAGUUUCCUCUCAGAUAAGAACAAAAGCGUUUUCUUACCGCCAUCAUAUUUCUGUUUUUACUCUUAUUAUUAAAAUCAAAGGCUGCAAUAAAGUUAGACUUACAGAAUCUACGUGGAUUCUGUCACUUGGCACCCAUAACUUAAUUAAUUCACGUGAACACAGCAUUUUAAGGGUAUUUUUCUGAAUGUGGACUUUUUUGCGUAGGUGAUAGAGGUACUGAACAACCGCUUCGGUAUAAGCACGGGGAUGUGAGCUUUGCUUCCAAAGUUAUGUCACUCAGUCAGGUUUGCAAGUCAUUUUAAAAUAUAUGAAUGGAUGAAAGUGUAAAUAUUUGGAAUGCAUAUACAAAUAUUCUUCACUCAGUGGCAUACACUGGAUAACUCUUUUUUUUUUUUUGGACGUGCCUGCAGCUUGCAGGAUCUUAGGCCCUCUCCCAGGGAUUGAACCCAGGCCCUCAGCAGAGAAAGCCUGGAGUCCUAACCACUGGACUGCCAGGGAAUUCCCUAGAUAACUUUUUUUUUCAAGUUUUUAAUUAUGAAGUAUUUCUGUCAUAAAGAAAAACACCCCAAAAUAUAAGUGGAAAUAAGCACACUGACCUUAUUUUCAAACCAUGAACACUUUGCUGUAUUUUUAUUCUGCCCCUCCCAGUCUAUUUCCCUCCCUCUUUUUCUAGGCAACAUUACUCAGAGUAGUAUGUAUUAUACUGAUGGAUUUUUUCAUGCUUUUACUCCUCAAGCAUCUAUCAACAGUCAAUAUAUUAUAUUUUACUGUUAUUACAUUCUACAAACAUAAGGAAUCAUCAUUACAAUUCUGUCACCUUUUUUUAUUGCCAUCAAGAUUAUGUUUUUGAAAUUCAUCCAGGUGAUUUUUGAAGAUUUAUUUCCUUGUUUGCUGCACAGAAUUCAGUUGUUAACCAUACCAUGGAACAUUACUCAGCCCCCAAAAAGAAUGAAGCGCUGGUACAUGCCAUGACCUGAAUGAAACUUGGAAACAUUAUGCUAAGACACAGAAAGCUGUGCAUCAUAGCAUUUUAUUUAUAAGAAAUAUCCAGAAAGGACAGAUCCUGAGAAAGUGGAUUAAUGGCUGCCGUUAAUGGUUGCCAUUAACUGGGGAGAAGGAGAAAUGGGGAGUGACUAGAAACGGGUAUGGGUAUCUUCUUGGGUUGAUGACAAUGUGGUGGAAUUAGUCAGUGGUGAUGGUUGCUCAGCCUUGUGAAUAAAGACCACUGAACUGCACACCUUAGAAGUGUAGAUUUUAUGGUAUGUGAUUACAUGUCAAUAAAAGAAAAAUU